CAUGUACUUCAGUUUUGAUUGCAACAGUUCCACAGGCCAAGUUAAAUUCAAGGCUCCCAGUGGCACCUAUCGAGUAGCCAGUAUCGAUCCAAGUACACGAACAUUUGUCAUCCAUGUCAAAUAUGUAGGAUAUGAAAGAAAUUCAAGAGGAACUCAGCUUCUCAAUGACUCAAUGAUGUUUAUUGAGCUUUUCAAUGAUUCUGGCAAAUUUAGUUCUAGCGUUGAAGCUGAAAUAAAGAUUAGUUGGGAGACCCCGAGCGAGCCAAGCUGUAAUUCUUCCAGAGAUUGCAAGGAAUGGCCAAAUUCAACUUGCAAUAUAACAAGAGAUGGAAAGAGGUGUCUUUGCACAGGAAACUUCCAAUGGGAUGGCUCAAAUUUAAACUGCACUAAAGAGCUUGUAGAAGGUGAUUAUCCUCAGCCUUCAGAAGAGCAUUCAAAAGGAAAGAUGUCGUUGACUCUGAUUGUUAUGAUACCUCUAAUAGUAGUGUUUCUCCUUGCAAGUGCAAUUUUUUGUAUAUAUACGUGGAGACAAAAGAUGGCCAAGAGACAAGAAAACAGAAGAAGUGAUGAAAGAAAUCGAGUGCUUCGCACAUUAGACAGUGAAAAACAUCUCAAAGACUUGAUGGGUUCGGGUGAGUUCAGAGAAGAAGAUGAAAAAGGCAUAGAUGUACCCCUUUUUGAUUUGGAAAGCAUUCUAGCAAUUACAGAUAACUUCUCAGAUGCAAACAAUCUCGGAGAGAGGGGUUAUGGGCCUGUUUACAAGGUGAUUUCAACAACAUUAAUUGAUGUUAGUGUUCAUGUAAACUAGUUUAUGGUGAGAGGUAACAUUGUGAGUAAGGUGUCUCAGGGCACAUUUUCAGGAGGACAAGAAAUUGCAGUAAAGAGACUCUCAAGUGUCUCAGGACAAGGCUUACAUGAAUUUAAAAAUGAGGUGGUGUUGAUUGGAAAACUUCAACAUAGAAAUCUUGUUCAA